CCGUCCAAGAGCUUUGUUUAUUAUUUUCAGCCAGUUCGAACGUAAACAACGCCCCCGAAAUAGAAUGAGUUCGGAACAAGAGACGAUAUUGCAAUUUGCACCCUGGGAGUCGUUUGUGUCGCCAACUUUUUGGCACAAGCUGGCAGAGCUUAAGCUGGACCACGAUCGCCUCUCGGACACCAAGAGAUCCAUAACUGGGCACUACACGAACCGCAAUGCCAACGGCUGCCUCCUGGAAGUGGACUACACGGCCUACAACAGGUCAUCACAGCCGCCAAAGUUCAGCCACUCCGCCAGCGGCACUAUCUACAAUAAGAACACCAUCGAGGAGUUCAAGGCCCUGGACAAACUGCAGCUGCUGGCCGACGAGGGCAAGGAACUGCUGGCCGAUAUGUGCAGCGGCCGGGUGCUGGCUGAUCCCAGUCUGUUGACCCGCUUCUUUGUUCUCUCCUUCGCCGACUUGAAGUGCCACAGCUACUACUAUUGGUUCGCCUUUCCCUGCCCCCUGACGCCCACAUUGAAGCAGCAAGGCGUGGUCCAAAAGCUGCGGGACUUGCCCAACGCCAACAGAUAUGUAGAGGCCUUGAAAACCCUGCCCUCCGAGUCGCAGAACUUUUUCAUUCUGUAUGCGAAUGCAGAGCAGCAGGUGUACGAAGCCCGCAAGUUGAGCACCCUAGCUGAGGGGGAGGUGGAGCACUAUUACUUUGGCUUUACCGAUCCCAGCGAGUACGAGCACCCGGCUUGGUUGAUGCGGAACUAUGCCGCCUUCCUCCUACAGCAAUGUCCCAGUUUUGUGGGCAAAACUCUUAGGUUUCUGGGCCUGCGUUACAAUCAACAAAUGCAAAUGGACGACAGUCGCAUCUGGCAGGUGACUCAAACGGAGGCCUGCGAUCUGAAACAGUCGGGCGAGGUGAAAUAUGUGGGCUGGGAGCUGAACAAGAAUGCCAAAAUGGGGCCAAGAUUGGCUCAAAUGAGGGACAGCAUGGAUCCAGCCAAAUUGGCUGAAAACUCUGUCAACCUCAACCUUAAGCUGAUGAAGUGGCGCCUGGUUCCUGAUCUCAAUUUGGAAGUCAUUGCCCAAACCAAGUGUCUGCUCUUUGGAGCAGGCACUCUGGGCUGCGCUGUGGCCAGAAAUCUCUUGUCCUGGGGCUUCAAGCACAUCACCCUGCUGGACAACGGCAAGGUGGGCUUCUCCAACCCCGUGCGCCAGAAUCUCUACACCCAUGCAGAUGCUGUUGCGGGCAAUCGGAUGAAGGCCACCACAGCUGCCGAAAGAUUGCGUGAGAUAAACCCCAGUGCGGAAACAGCGGGACAUGUGCUGGAAAUACCCAUGCCCGGUCACACAAUUGGUGAGUCUCUUUUCGCCCAGACGGAGGAGCAUUUGCUGGUGAUCGAGCAGCAGGUGCGGGACCAUGAUGUCAUCUUCUUGCUCACGGAUUCACGCGAGAGCCGCUGGCUUCCCACGCUGCUGGGAGCGGCCAACCAAAAGGUGGUCAUCAAUGCAGCCCUCGGCUUCGAUAGCUACCUGGUGAUGCGACAUGGCAGCACACGCGAAGAGGCCGGCGAUGCGGGGCAGGAGAUUGAGGGACUCAAGUGCAUCCGUGGCAGCCAGCUGGGUUGCUACUUCUGCAACGAUGUCACGGCCCCGGGAAAUUCCCUUAAGGACCGCACUCUGGACCAGCAGUGCACCGUCACCCGGCCCGGAGUAUCCAAUAUUGCAGCUAGCUAUGCCGUGGAAUUGCUGGUGGCUUUGCUCCAGCAUCCACGCCGGGAACUGGCGCCGGCCUAUUACGCUCAGAGUGCGCGUGGUAAGUCGGAAGAGGAGGCGGCGGGCAAGGUGCCGGAAGGCCUGCUGGGCAUCCUGCCGCACUCCAUCCGGGGUAUGCUGUGCAACUAUGAGAACAUCCUGCCAGCUACCCAGAAGUUUGCCCAAUGCAUUGCCUGUUCAUCGGCCGUUUUGGAGGCAUACAGAAAAGAGGGUCAUGCCUUCCUCUUUAAAACUUUUGAAACAGCCAAGUAUCUGGAGGAUUUGACGGGAAUUUCGGAGUUUAAGCGCUUGAAUAGCGAGAUAAUAGACUUUGAUGAUGAGGAAUUCGAUAUGUCCGAGGAGGAUGAAGAUUAAAAAAACGAAUUUUAAUUGAUUUCCUAAACUUUUGCUUCUGCUUCUUCAGAAAUUUAUUAAGCUUAUCGAGGCUUCAGCUAGAAAGUUUGAUUUUCCAGAUUUUUAAGCAUUUAAAAAGUUCAACGUGUAAGCCAAAAAUUUAAUCUUGAUGUUUUUGCAUGUACUUUUUCUAGUCAUUAAGCAAAUUGUGUAACAAUCGUAUGAAAUAAAUUGAAUAUGGCAA